ACUGCUCUGUGCACCUCUGCACCCCAAGGGGAUACCAGUACUCCAGACGGGGAGCAGCACAGGGUGGAUGGUGCUAUGGGAGACUGUAGCACCUACCAGACCUCAGUGAAACCAUGUCAUGCUGGAUGGUUUGGCACAGUGGAGCAGCAUGGACAAGGCUGUGCUCAGGACUCACGGUGUGGCCCUAUGAAAUGAGGGGUGACAGUGACAGUGUACCCCACUCAUAGGGCCUGAAGAUCCAUACCAGGCAUGGGCAAGACUGUGUGUGGGGCUCAGCACAGCCCUGAAAGAGCUUGCUGGAAAGCAGCUGGCAAAGCAGAUGGGGAUACAGGAAAGGAGAGAAGCUCUAGGGCCAGAUCCUGGCCAUGUACUGAGGGACACUGACCCCUCUUGAUGGCAGCAGGAUGCGCAGGGGACAUUGUUCCUUGGGAUCACACCAACUCAGAGUGUCUGAGGACAGGCUUCCCCCAGUGCCCAGGGGUCUUGCAUGGGCCAACGAGCAGCAAGGCCCGGGCAUGGUGGGGUCUGCCUGCCCCAGUGCAGGCAACAGCAUAGGGAAGGUGAGGGCGGAGUGUUUAUGGGCUGGAUUAGGCCACUCCAACGCUGGCUCGCACCUUAGCCACGUUUUAUGGCACUCCGUUAUGGGCUCCUAAUGAGGGUCACAGCCACUUUAUGGCACUGACAGCGAUAAGCUACGAACUAAUUAUGGCACAAUUAGCGUGUGGGCUGCUGGGCACCCAGCAACGCUCAGCGCCCAGCCUGGGCCACGACCUGCUUGGGGCUGGAGUGCUCCCACUCCCAGCUAUCGGAGGGAAACGGGGGUGGCCUUGCCCCCUGUCCUAUCUGCUGCUCCCCACGCGUGGGGUCUGCCUGGAGGACAGCACAGGAGAGCAGCCCCGGGUGUUUUGCAGCCCCCUGCGCUCCUCACCCGCGAGGGGAGGCUGCACCGGCGGAGCCGGGAUGGAGGGGCCGGGGGCCGCCUCUCGCUGCUGGGGGGGAAAGGCCGGUGCUCCCCCCCCCACUUCCCCCGUGCAGCUCGGCGGCAGGUCGGUUUGCAGAGAUGCCGGAGAAGCGGGGCCGGUCCCCGUUCCCCCCUCCCGCCUCCCCAGCGCUCCGGGCGGGGCCGCUGUAACCCGAGCGCGUCCCUACAAAGUGCCCGCGCCCCCGAGGCGGCGGCAGAGCGGGGCCGGAGCCAGCCCGGAGCGAGCCCCAGCCCUGCCCGCAGCCGGAGCCGUCCCGAGCCCGCAGCCGGAGCCGUCCCCGGCCCUGCCGCCAUGGGGCCACGGUGUGGGGCUCGGCGGCGCUGAGCCCGCUGUCCCCGGACUUUGCCCCGGCCCGCAGCGCAGGCGGCUCCGCCGCAGGAGCCCGUCACCGCCGGUAACAGCGCCGACCGCGACCCUCGCCCCCCGCACCAUUCGGGCCCCCCGUCCCGGGACACUCUCCCCCUCCCUGGGAUCCCCCGCGGUCCCCCGCCCCUGGUUAACCUCCCCUAGCGCCCUGACCGGGCUGCCGCUGGCUAGAGAGGUCGGAUUCCCGGCACCCAAACGGGGUGUUUCCCAUUCCGUGCCUCCUCCCAUUCCUGCCCAGGGACCCCCGUGCUCUGCCUCCCGUCCAUGCCCACCCACCCUCGCGGUGACUUGGGGACCUCUCACUGCUUCUCCCCGGUGCCUCGGGAGAGGAGGGGACUGCCCGCCCGGAUCGCUCACCCGACCCUGCCUGUCCCGCAGGGUGCGACCCCCGCCUGGGGGGGCCUGGAAGAUGCGGCCCCUCUUGCAGGUCGUGGCGGGGCUGCUGCUGGCGGCGGCUGCCCGGGGCAGGGCGAUGGAGCCAGAGCUAUUUGAGAGACCCUUGCUGGAGUCAGAAGACGAACAUCUCCUACUGGACCCAGGCAACACAUUGAAGCUGUACUGUGACGCCAACCAGAGUGGUGCCAGUGUGGUCUGGUACAAGGAGUCUCGGCCACUCAUCUCGGGGGGUCGCAUCCAUCUCCGUCAGAGCCUGCUGGAGAUCUCAGAGGUCUCCUACGAGGACUCGGGGCUCUACGUGUGCCGGGCACGGGGAACUGGAGAGGUCCUGCGCAACUUCACCAUCUCUGUCGUCGACUCCCUGGCGUCAGGUGAUGAUGAUGAAGAUAGUGAUGGGGACAGUCCCCACAGAGACCGAAAUGAGGAGUCAGUCUAUGUGCACAGAGCUCCUUACUGGACUCACCCACACCGGAUGGACAAGAAGCUGUAUGCAGUCCCUGCGGGGAACACGGUGAAGUUCCGCUGCCCGGCCUCAGGCAGCCCCAGCCCCAGCAUCCGCUGGUUCAAGAACGGGCGCGAGUUCCGAGGGGAGCACCGCAUCGGGGGCAUCCGGCUCCGGCACCAGCACUGGAGCCUGGUGAUGGAGAGUGUGGUGCCCUCUGACCGCGGCAACUACACUUGCCUGGUGGAAAACAGGUUUGGCAGCAUCCGCUACAGCUACCUCCUGGACGUGCUGGAGAGGUCCCCGCACAGGCCCAUCUUGCAGGCUGGGCUGCCCGCCAACACCACAGCCCUGGUGGGCAGCGAUGUGGAGUUCUUCUGCAAGGUCUACAGUGAUGCCCAGCCCCACAUCCAGUGGCUGAAGCACAUUGAAGUGAAUGGCAGCAACUACGGCCCCGACGGGGUUCCCUAUGUGCAAGUGCUCAAGACUGCAGAUAUCAACAGCUCUGAGGUGGAGGUGCUGUACCUGCGCAAUGUGUCCAUGGAGGAUGCUGGCGAGUACACCUGCCUGGCAGGGAACUCUAUCGGCCUCUCCUACCAGUCUGCCUGGCUCACCGUCCUGCCAGAAGAGGAGCUGGUGCGGGAAGCUGAGGCCCCAGAGACCAAGUACACAGACAUCAUCAUCUACACCUCGGGCUCACUGGCCGUGGCCAUGGCCAUUAUUAUCGUGGUGCUGUGCCGGAUGCAGACUCAGUCGAGCAAGCAGCACCUGGAGCCUAUGGCAGUCCACAAACUCUCCAAAUUCCCACUCAUCCGACAGUUCUCCCUGGAUUCCAGCUCCUCCGGGAAGUCCAGCACAUCCCUGAUGCGGGUCACCCGUCUCUCCUCCAGCUGUGCCCCAAUGCUGGCUGGUGUCAUGGAGCUGGACCUGCCCCUUGACGCCAAGUGGGAGUUCCCCCGGGACAAGCUGGUGCUGGGGAAGCCCCUGGGGGAAGGCUGCUUUGGCCAGGUGGUGCGGGCAGAGGCUUACGGCAUAGACAGAGACCGGCCAGACAGAGCUGUCACCGUGGCUGUCAAAAUGCUGAAAGACAAUGCCACCGACAAGGACCUGGCUGACCUCAUAUCCGAGAUGGAGAUGAUGAAGCUCAUGGACAAACACAAGAACAUAAUCAACCUCCUGGGAGUCUGCACACAGGAUGGACCACUGUACGUGAUUGUGGAGUUUGCUGCAAAGGGCAACCUGCGCGAGUACCUCCGUGCCCGCCGCCCCCCGACACCUGACUACGCUUUUGAUGUCAUGGCAAUGCCUGAGGAGCAGCUCUCUUUCAAGGAUCUGGUCUCCUGCGUCUACCAAGUGGCCCGUGGCAUGGAGUACCUGGAGUCCAAACGGUGCAUCCACCGGGACCUGGCUGCCCGCAACGUGCUGGUGACAGCCGAGAGCGUGAUGAAAAUCGCUGACUUCGGCCUGGCCAGGGACGUUCACGACAUCGACUACUACAAGAAAACCAGCAACGGUCGCCUGCCAGUGAAGUGGAUGGCCCCUGAAGCCCUGUUUGACCGUGUCUACACCCACCAGAGCGAUGUGUGGUCCUUUGGGAUCCUGAUGUGGGAGAUCUUCACGCUGGGGGGCUCCCCAUACCCUGGCAUCCCUGUGGAGGAGCUGUUCAAGCUGCUGAAGGAGGGGCACCGCAUGGACCGGCCAUCCAACUGCACCCACGAGCUGUACAUGCUGAUGAGGGAGUGCUGGCAUGCUGUGCCCUCACAGCGCCCCACCUUCAAGCAGCUCGUGGAGGGGCUGGACAAGAUCCUGGCAGCUGUUUCAGAGGAGUACCUGGACCUCUCCAUGCCCUUCGAGCAGUACUCGCCCUCCUGCGAGGACACUGCCAGCUCCUGCUCCUCUGAUGACUCCGUCUUCACCCACGACCCACUGCCGCUGGCUCCUCACCUCUUCUCCUACCCCAGCGUGAGGACUUAAGGGAGGGCAGGGAAGGGUGAUGCUGAAGCCACCUCUGCCCUUGCAGGGAGGGGGUCCAAGUUCCCAAAGGUCCCUGCUUUGUCUGGGCUGAGCAGUGGGUGGGCAGGGCCCUGAGCCACAGCACCAGGGCAGGGUGUCCCUCUCCCUGGGUUCCUUUUGGGCACUGAGCCAUCAGCCCUGGCUGAGAUCUGCCUGGUAUUGUGGGGCAGCAGGAGCUAGAGCCUCUCCAUGUGGGCACUGCCUGGGAUGCCCAUGGCAUUGCCCAGGGAGAUGGGCUAUGGCCAGCGCUUCAGUGGAAGUGUCUCUGGGCAGGAGCCCCACCACUGCCAGGCUCCUGCUGCAUCUGUACAUAGCCACAGAGAUGAAUAUUUAUGUACAUGAAAUUUCAACCUGAUAAAUUAUUUUUUUGGAAUACA